AUGUCUGUAGGUGUUUUGUUUCACCGUCUUGGUGGUGAUUUUAAGCUCUUACAAAACGUCAGACUUAUCCACCUCCUCUUACGGAGAAACAUUGAACCGACGCGCACGCUGUCACCGUCAACGACAAAUGUCUGCUGCCUGGUGAAUUUGAGGGAGUGGCACUCCUGCCGAGCAAAACUGUGUCAAUAUCCGCAGAACUCCAAGCAGUUUUGUACCCUUCCUCCAUCGCCUUCAUCAAAGGACAAAUCCAAAAAGUCUGGGCCCGUCACAUGGAAAUCUUUAGCGGUCACCUUCGCCAUUGGAGGAGCACUGCUCGGCGGGAUGAAAUACUUAAAGAGUGAAAAAGAAUUAAUGAUCGCGAAAGAGCGCAACAAGUCAAUCGGGCGGCCGGAUUUGGGAGGCCCGUUUACGCUGGUGGACCACAACAAGAAGUCUGUGACUAGCGACGACUUCCUGGGCCAAUGGGUGCUUAUCUACUUUGGUUUUACGCACUGUCCCGACAUCUGUCCCGAUGAGCUGGAAAAGAUGAUCGAGGUGGUCGAUGAAAUUGACAAAAUCAAGUCCCUUCCCAAGUUGACGCCAAUUCUCAUCACCAUCGACCCUGAGAGGGACACGCCAGAAGCCAUGGCAGUCUACGUUAAAGAGUUUUCGCCAAAGCUGAUUGGUCUGACGGGCAGCACAGCUCAAGUGGAGCAAGUCUCGAGAGCUUACAGAGUUUACUAUAGUCAAGGACCCAAAGACGAAGAUAACGACUAUAUCGUGGACCACACAAUCAUCAUGUACCUGGUGGGACCUGACGGACAAUUUUUGGAAUAUUUUGGUCAGAACAAAAGAAACAUAGAAAUCGCCAAUACCAUUGCAGCUCACAUGAGGAAGUACAAGCGCGAGAAAUCACUGGAUGUUAAACGGGACAAACCCUAA